CUUUGACCUACUUCUCCUAUAGUUUCCAAAGCAAACUAAAUGAGAGAUUAACUGUUACUCAAGGAAGCCGCUUGGAAUUGCACGGUUUUCAUUUAAAAUGGGGAAAGGUGGUUAUAAAAAUGGACAUAAAGACUAUCCCACAUAUACCUGGGAUGAGGUUGGUGAACAUACUCACAUGGAUGACAAAUGGAUCGUUGUAAAUGAUGAUAUUUAUGACAUUACACACUUCAGUAAAAAGCACCCUGGUGGAGCAAGGUUGAUCUCACAUUUUGCUGGACAAGAUGCUACUGAUGCUUGGACUGCUUUCCAUGACCACAAAGACAUGGUGUCUAAAUACAUGAAGCCUAUAAAGGUUGGAACCCUGUGCAAUGACAAACAGGUACAAAUCAAAAGAGACUUCCGCAAGCUGCGUGAGAAAGCUGAAGAAAUGGACUUGUUCAAAGUGAAAACUCCAUUCUACCUGGCCCACAUUGGUCACAUCAUUGCCUUAGAAGUUAUCGGAUAUUUGCUCCUCAAAUACUAUGGUAUUGGAUGGGGACCUUGGUUACUGGCUGCUGCCAUUCUUGCUACUGCUCAGGCCCAAUCUGGCUGGUCCCAGCAUGACUACGGUCAUCUCAGUGUGUUUCCUAACAGUAAACUCAACCAUUUGAUGCACCACUUUGUCAUUGGUACUCUCAAGGGUGCAUCCUCUAAUUGGUGGAACCAUAGGCACUACCAGCAUCACGCAAAGCCCAACGUUGCCCUCAUGGAUCCCGAUAUCUCUCUGCCAUAUGUCUUCAUCCUUGGAAAGAGACUUGCGAGAGUUUGGGGAGAGAAAAAGAGAGAAGGAUUUCUACCAUACCAGUUUCAGCAUAUAUACUAUUUUGUUUUUGGACCUCCCUUACUUCUUCCCACCUACUUCCAUUUUGAAAACAUCUACUUUGUCAUCAAGAGAAAACUUUGGGGAGAUUUGUUUGCGACUGUUUCUUUCUUCGUUCGUUGGUUUGUGUGUUAUGGUCCCCUGUUAGGAGGAUGGGGGGCUUUCUGGUUCUACAUGUUAGUACGAUCUCUAGAAUCUCAUUGGUUUGUCUGGGUCACACAGAUGUCUCACAUCUCCAUGGAGAUUGAGAAGGAUCAACAAGCUGAUUGGUUCACAUCACAGUUGAAGUCAACGUGUAAUGUUCAUCCAAGUUUGUUCAAUGAUUGGUUCACGGGACAUCUCAACUUUCAGAUCGAACACCAUCUAUUCCCAACGAUGCCCAGGCACAACUACAUCAAGAUUAAACCUCACGUGGAAGCCAUGGCAAAGAAGCAUGGUAUCCCAUAUGUUAGUAAAACAUUGUAUCGGGCAUUCGCGGAUAUUCCAAGGUCGUUACAGGAAUAUGGGGAACUAUGGUACGAUGCAUUCCAUACAACUGGGUAGAUAUUUUGAUGCCAUCACUUAGCAACGAACAUCUUUGUUCUUAAACAAACAGACUGGUUUCAAUGGGAACAAUAUACUGGGUGACAUUCAAUCAGUGUAAACUCUCGCUGGUCAAGGGUUUAUCUUUGAACAGUUUUGACAGUGUACAUUUUAAAUUGACAAAAGCUCGCAAAAUACAGCUCUUUUUUCAAAUGCUUGAACAAAGUAUUUAAUGUUUACUGCCCUCGGUCAGAGGGAAGUUUAUAAGAUUAAAAUGUUAUAAUUGUUAUUUUUGUGGACUAGACACAGGCCAUAGGCUAUUACUUAUAUCAUCUAUAACAUCUUGUAUCAGUAUACACUUUGUACUUGUUGUACCACUCAUAUUCAAUGUUUAUGAGUUUUUGAUACAUCCGGUUAUAUUUCUUAAAAUCUUAUUUAUUUAGCUGAACAUAUAGCUUUAUUUGUAGAUCUCAAAUUUCUGAAAUCUCAAUCUCUCUAUGCUCCAGAGCAUAGCGAAUGUUAUGGAAAUUAGUUAAACUUUUAAGUAAAUGGUGUGUGAAAUCUAAAAUUGACUUCUCUAUACAUACCAUCAAAGCAGGAUGUUGAAAGUUAGACACAUAAUCUAAUUGACAUUAAAAAGCAAUUACAGUCAAUUUUUAAUUAAUUUUUAAAAUGUAAAACUAUAACAUGCUUUUUUCCAUUAAAAUGUUAAAAUCUCAUUUUCUUUAAUUUUCUGGAGUUGAAGAUUAUUAAAAGAAUACGUUAUGGAAACACUUGGAAAAUGUAGCAUGGUGGAUCAGCAUAUAACCAAAUACAGAAAAUCCUGUUUUAGUGAACACCUCUCUCUAAUGAAUUCCUGUGUCAAGUGAGCAUUACUUUAAGACAUCGACUCUUGUAUAAAAAACCCUCUCUGUAGUGAACACCUACUGUACUUAUAGUGAACAUUUUUU